AAUCUUCAACAGUACGAAAGAUGCUUCUGAAAUGACAGCUCACGACUUUUCGGCAGGGGCGGCCGGUAAAUAGAAUACGCAUCUGGGCCAGACUAGUGAGGUGUUUAGCGCUCUGCCGAAACAAGCAGGCCCGGCUAAAUUUGGCGGCCAGGUCAACUGUCAAACUGAAAAUGUGUUGCAUCCGCGUCCAAGCUAAAUUGCACUUUGUCUUUGCCUCUGUGCCUAUCUAUAAUUGCCGCUUCUCCAAGGCGUGAAUAAACUAAUGAGGAGAUUCGGUUAAAACUGAUUUCGGUUCUGUUUAUUGGAAUUUGCAGAUAUAAUUUGGGGGGAAAAUAUAGUUUGUUAGUUAAUUAGCAUGGGUUCGGGAAGAGGAAAGAUGGAGAGCGUUCGCAGGGCCACGAGGACUGUGCUUUUUAUGGUGAUGAUGGUAGGGUCGCUGGUUACUUCUUCGGCUUCGGUAAUUGUGGCAAUGGCGGAUGUCAUUAUGCCCUGCGUCAUCCUUUCUAUCUUCACUUGUUGCCAUUCCUGUUAUACGUUGACAUUUGAGUGGAAUACUUACAGCUUCCGAUCGUCUUUGGCGGAUGUUCCCCUGCUUUCUCUGUUUCGAUCAUUUCUUAUUUUAUGUGCCUAUUAUAUCUGUGAUGUACACUGCCUCUCCAAUGGUCCUUACCUCGGAAUCACGGUAAUAUGUGGUCUGGCAUCAGCUGUGAUUCUGAUAAUAAAGGUCUCUUUCUUCACUAUUUUAGAGGCUUUACAAGCCUCACCAACUGCACCUAGGAGCCAUCGGUUCAAGCAGUCAUGGGGUAUGCCUGCUAUGUUCUUAUCCUCUAUGGUGUUAGCUCUUGGUCACAUAGUAGUGGCAUACAAGAUACGAUAUCAAUCUCGACGGAUGCUACUUCUUCAACGAGUUGAUCCAGAAGCUGUUCUCGUGUCCAAAGCAGCUUCGCAUGGUUAUCAGAAACUCCUUCGAUCUCCUAAUCCACGAAAAAUUGCUAGAGUUGACUCUGAAGGGAAAAUGCAUCCCUUUUAUGAAGAGAGAGAUAUACCUGCAAAAAUGCUUGCUGAUGCUGAUAGCCUCUUCAUAUUAUGUGAAGGUCUGGUCAUCCAUUAUAAAAUUAUUUAUGAAAGACCAAUUUAUGGUUCGAUGUUUGACAACUUCUUUGGAGAUGCUAAUGAUAGAGAUUGGUGCAUCACAUCUGCGAGGCCAAUAUUUGAUAAUCCAUCCAAAGUUGUUUCUGGUUGCAGGAGUUUAAGUGAUAGUUUAACAAAUGCAUCAUUGAAUACUCCAUUAAUGGACAGCUUCACAGAGGAGGGGACCUCAGCAUCAAGCUGUGGCUUUGAUGAGUGUUUUCCUUUUCCUCAGCAAAUUACUCAUCUGAAAUUGGAGAAUUAUAUGCACGAUGAGAUGGACUCCAACUCAGAGUUUUUAAAUCCUGGAAAUUUGGUGGUAAAAACAGGGCAACAAAAAGCAGGAUUAGAUGGUAUUGUUUUGAUUCAUGGUUUUGGUGGAGGAGCUUUUUCUUGGAGAAAUGUCAUGACUCCCCUAGCAAGACGUACUGGCUGUCCAGUUGUUGCAUUUGAUCGGCCUGGUUGGGGACUCACUUCCCGUCCUCAAAGAGCUGAAUGGGAAGAAAAAGGACUACCUAACCCAUAUGAGCUUCGAUCACAGGUAGAUUCACUAUUUUCUUUUUGCAAGAAAUUGGGCCUUUUCUCUGUUGUGCUGGUGGGUCAUGAUGACGGUGGCUUGCUUUCUCUAAUGGCAGCUGAGAAAGCACAAACUUGUGUAGAUGUUUCUCGGGUAGAAGUGAAGGGAGUUGUACUGGUUAGUGUGAGUAUUUCUAGAGAGGUUGUACCAACCUUUGCUCGAGUCUUGUUGCAUACAUCAUUGGGACGACACUUGGUCCGUCCUCUUUUACGGACUGAGAUAAUCCAAGUAGCUAAUCGUCGUUCCUGGCAUGAUGCAUCAAAAUUAACAGCUGAUGUUUUGGACCUUUAUAAGGCACCAUUGCGGGUUGAAGGAUGGGAUAAAGCAAUUGCAGAAGUUAGUAAAUUGUCUAUAGGAACUAUGCUCUCAUCAAGCCAUGCCUCAGAUUUGUUGAAAGCGGUGCAAGGCUUACCGGUGCUGGUAACAGUUGGGGCAGAAGAUAUCUUAGUCUCCUUACGAUCGUCCCAGCUUCUAGCAUCUAAGAUUUCUAAUUCUAAACUAAUUGCGAUUUCUGGUUGUGGGCACCUCCCUCAUGAAGAGUGUCCAAAAGAAUUGCUGGCAGCUAUAGUGCCUUUUGUCUCUAACUUGUGUAUGGAGUUAAAUAAGCCAGACAAAUUCUUAUCCGAUGGAUAUCGAUAACAAUUUUGUGAGAAUCUUGAUGGUCUGAUCGAUGGCUUUGGCACUUCUAAAUGGACAUUUUAUUCGAAAGCUGGAGCAUGUGCAUGAUGCUUAUCGUUUCGAAUGAAGAAAGUAGCUGGAUUUAAAGCAAAAGCAGAUGAUACCCACCUUGCUAUUGAAUUUACCAAUUGCAUUAAAUCAGAAGCAGAUAUGGUUUGAGACAGAGGAGGUUGUAUUUAAUUCCGAAGAAGAGGUAUGGUUAGGUUUUUGCAAGCAAAGAUAAAAUUUUGCACUCCAUAUUGCACAGAAAGGUGUCGCUGUUAUACUUAAAUCACCGAUUCUCAAGUCAUUCCCAUUACAGAUGAAAAUGGCAGUAUCCAACAUGCGUGGGUGAUAGAAGUUAUUUUACAGCAAAUGUGCAGGACUUGUGGUAAAAUGGUGUGGAUUGAGGUCACUUUUUGACACAUCCAUUCUUUGCCAAUGUAAUUGGCUGUUGUUUCAUAUAGGAUGGUGCCAAAUUACUGGCACUAGUUUUGUUAAUGUUGUUUUUCUUUCCAACUUGUAUAUUGUCUUUUAGAAUGUACUAAGAAUUAUAGCCUUAAAAGCUAUAUAUUGUAUCUUGUAAAGAAUGAAAUUUUCCAUAUUGAGGCUGCAAUGUCAUAAUUUUUUGCUCUUGGCA